CACGUUUCUUUCAGGAUACAUGCAAAAUUCUUUUCUCUAGAAGGCAGUACUAAUUAUGACUGAGUUCAAAAUUGAAAGUGAAGACUUAGUUGGUCUCAAAGACAAGGUUGUGGUUAUUACGGGCUGCGCCUCGGGCAUUGGACUUGCGACGACUGAACUCUUAUUAGAGCUGGGUGCAUUUGUGGUUGGUAGCGACUUGAAUGUAUCCCCCACUAAUCACUCAAGCUUUGUCUUCGUCCAAACGGAUGUCACCAAGUGGGCGGAUCUCGUGGCCUUGUUCAAAACUGCCAUUUCUCGACAUGGACGUGUCGACCAUGUCUAUGCCAAUGCGGGCAUAAGCAACAAAGAGACGUACAUCGUGGAUCGUUUCGACGCGGACGGCGAGCUACUUGAGCCCAACCAUCUUGUCUUUGACAUUAAUCUUCGAGCUGUCGUUAACACGGCUUACCUCGGCAUCCAUCAUAUUCGCAAAAAUUCCUCGGGCGGGUCAAUAGUUCUUAUCGGCUCCGCGUCGUCGUUCCAGCGCUUUCGCGUUCCGGAUUACUGCUCUGCCAAACAUGGAGUCUUGGGACUGAUGCGUGGCCUUGUUCCUGUGCUCGAAAGCGCCGGAUUGCCCAUCAGAGUAAACACGGUUGCCCCAUCCUGGACAAUUUCAGGGCUUGUUCCAGAGUCUAUCAAAGUCACAGGCAAAAAGACGCAGGGACCCGAAGUUGUUGCCAAGAAAGUUGCCUUCUUGAUGGCUGAUGGCUCGCGGAAUGGACAGCUAAUCUAUUCACAUGAUGGAAGAUAUUUUGAGCUGGAAGAAAGCAUCUUCAUGAAGGCUGUUGAGCAGAUACUAGACGGCGAUAUCAGCGACGACAUGGUGGUGAAGCGAAUGGUGGAUUUUGCACAAGUUGCAGCGGUGAAGCAGAAUGCUUCCGCGCAGUGAUUGCUUUUUCGCAACCUAACAGUAUCAUCAAGAUUAUAAACCAAGCUUACAUAUCGAUUAGAAUUAUGAUAAGACACUUCUUG